AUGCCUCGCCUCCCAGCUCCACAGAUCCUCUCAGCGGCACGCACGUCCCCGCGCCGCUUGCCGCCUGCGUCCUCGCGCCUCUUCGCGUCCACCGACGCACAAGAGAAGGGCACGCAGAAUUCCCGGCCGGGUUGGGGAGGCCGCUCCGGCGACGACCACGCCGUCGAGCGCGACCGUCACGACGUACAAGGAGACGCGUCCCAAGAGGGCAUGAAGAAGUUCCAGGAGGGGAAAGAUCAGGACACCAAGACGUCGAGCGGCGGGGCGAUUUCCAGGAAGGACGAGAGGAACAGUAACGAGAAGGCCAAGGAGGAGCACCCGGAGGCACCGACGCCAGUGAUUGGUAUGAACUCGGAACGGGGGAGCAAAGGUCAUUGA